CACAUUUGUUUCCUCAAAUCCAAAGUCUAGGUAUUUGGAGUGAAAAACCAUGGAGGGACUUAGCAACAUUACAUUUACUAUCGUGCUUGGCCUUCUCAUGCUUCUUGUUGCAUCUUCAGUGUCAUUAGCAGAACCCCAAACCCAUUACCAUGAAUUUGUUCUACAAGCAACACCAGUGAAGAGGCUGUGCAUGACACAGAAUGCUAUCACUGUUAACGGGAUGUUUCCAGGGCCAACCCUGGAAGCAAACAAUGGAGACACUUUGGUCAUCAAAGUCAUUAACAAAUGUCAAUAUAAUGCCACCAUCCAUUGGCAUGGUAUCCGGCAAAUUAGAACUGGGUGGGCAGAUGGUCCAGAAUUUGUGACACAGUGUCCCAUCCGUCCUGGAGAUAGUUACACCUACAGGUAUACGGUUCAAGGCCAAGAAGGCACACUGUGGUGGCAUGCUCACAGCUCUUGGCUCAGAGCCACCGUCUACGGUGCUCUCAUCAUCCAUCCAAAGGAAGGAUCUUCCUACCCUUUCCCUAAGCCAAAGCGUGAAACAACACUUCUUCUUGCUGAAUGGUGGAAUGCAAACCCGAUCGAUGUCAUAAGGGAGGCCAUCCAGACCGGAGGAGCACCGAAUAUUUCCGAUGCUUAUACAAUCAAUAGUCAACCUGGUGACCUUUACAAUUGCUCCAGCCAAGACACUGUAAUAGUUCCAAUAGACUCUGGAGAAACCAAUCUCAUCAGGGUCAUCAACGCCGGAAUGAACCAGGAACUCUUCUUCACCAUCGCCAACCACAUGAUGACGGUAGUCGGUGCUGAUGCCUCCUACUUAAAGCCCUUCACCACGAAUGUCAUCAUGCUCGGUCCAGGCCAGACCACCGAUGUCCUGAUCACCGGAGACCAGCCUCCAUCUCGGUAUUACAUUGCCGGAAGCCCCUACCAAAGCGCCCAAAACGCACCGUUUGACAAUACAACCACCACGGCCAUUCUGGAAUACAAGUCCGCCCCUUGCCCUGUUAAAGGCCUGGGAGUUAAACCCGUUAUGCCCACAAUUCCGGCUUUCAACGACACCAACACCGCCAUGACCUUCACCCAAAGCUUCCGGAGCCCCCAGCAAGUUGAGGUCCCGACCGAAAUCGACGAGAACCUCUUCAUCACGGUGGGUCUUGGACUCAACAACUGUCCGCCAAAUUUCCCCUCCAGCCGGUGUCAGGGACCCAGUGGCACCCGAUUCACUUCCAGCAUGAACAAUGUCUCCUUCGUUCUCCCCUCCAACUUCUCCCUGUUACAAGCUCACCAUCAGGGCAUUCCCAGGGUCUUCACCACAGAUUUUCCGGAAAAGCCUCUGGUGCAAUUUGAUUACACCGGAAAUGUGAGCCAGUCUCUGUUUCAACCUCUUUCAGGGACCAAGCUCUACAGAUUGAAGUUCGGAUCCAGGGUACAGAUUGUUUUACAGGGCACAAGCAUUGUAACCCCUGAAAACCACCCCAUCCAUCUCCACGGAUACGAUUUCUACAUCAUAGCACAGGGCUUCGGAAACUUCGAUCCCAAAAAAGAUACCGCCAAGUUCAAUCUCGUCGACCCACCUCUCCGGAAUACCGCCUCCGUGCCCGUGAAUGGAUGGUCAGUCAUUCGAUUCGUCGCCGAUAACCCAGGUGUGUGGAUAAUGCACUGUCACUUGGAUGCUCAUAUCAGCUGGGGUCUGGCCAUGGCUUUCCUGGUGGAGAACGGAAUCGGAAUUAUGGAAUCCAUUGAGGAACCACCACCGGAUUUGCCAGUGUGUUAGGAUCAUCACCAGAAAUUAAGAGUACCCAUUAUUGAGAUUCAGGAGCCCAAUUAAGGGUUAUUAUUAGUCUUUUUUCUUUUCUUUUUUUUUCCACCUCAAUUUCAUGGUAUACGGGCUGAAUAACUGUUUCUCCCCUGCAUUUGAGGAUUAGUUUGUUCUUCUGUUUCGUUGUUCUUUUUGAUAGAUAAAACCAACUUAAUUACAACAUCUGAGAAUAAAACACCAUGUAAUUUAACCUGAAACUACCCAUUUUCUUGAUUCUAGAUGAAAUCUUCCUUUUUCCUUAAUGUUAAAGAUUUUUUUUUUUUUUUUUAAUUCUAUGUUUUCCUCAUUUUAGAAGAAAAAUAACAGUUGGCUAGACAAACGGUGAAAUUUCAGAAGAAUGAGAAACAGAGGUCUUAAAGAGUAGGAAAUCAGAAUUGACUCUCAGGAUUUUUGUUUUAAAAAAAAUGACAAUGCAGAUACAAACACAAGAAUGAAGUAAAAUAUUAAUUUGUAGACUAAAAUGGAAAGUGGAAACUGGAAAGAAAAGUGCAAGAAAAACAUGAUUUUGUAAUUGGAACAUUCCAAUUCCAAUUAGUUCCUGUUUAAGUUGGAAUUCUUUGAAAAGUUGAGAGGAUAAAUUCAAACAAGAGUUAGAAGAUUUUAGUCCAAGAAAAAAUUUGCAAUUUUCCAAAAGGAGAAGAGAUUUUAAGACUAAAUGUGAGUUGUUUGGUUAGCCACCUCAAUCCCUUGAGCUUGGGGUUGUCACGUGUAUUUUUGUAGAUCCUCCUUCACAUGUGUGCAAAAACUCGUGCAAGAAAAUUUCAUAG